AUGGACCCAUCAGCUCCCGGUGCCAGUCCAGGUUCAGCGCCGCACUCGCGAACUUCCUCGCUCUUCAAAGGAUUGGGGUUUCUCGUCGGUGAAGCAUUGAGGCAUGCGACAGAAAAAGCAGACGAAAGAGCCGCACUUGCAGAGUACCAAAGAAGAGCCGCAGCCGUGACCGAGGAAGUCAGGUUACAGGCUGAACGGCUUGAGGCACAAAGCAUUGCUGCUGCCCGAACUUCGCAAUCAGGUGAUUCUUCGCGAAUCGCAAAUACCACUGAUCGACCUUCAGAAGAAGAGGCUGCAGAAAUGGCUGCCACGUUACUCAGGAUACUCGACCCUGCGACAUAUCGCGUUACGUCGACACCGAGCCCAUCACCUCGGCUGGACUCUACAACGUCCGGCAUCGAAAGGACGUCCACUCCUGCUGGAUGGAGAUCGUACAGCUUUCCCAUUAUAGGAGUGACGGCAUCGCUGCCUGCCAAUCACACCAUUGUGGCUGGAGUUUCCGGACCAGCCAACAGGGUAUUGACUGUGCCUUCCGGUCGGGCUAAUGUCCCAUUCCACAUCUCUCUCAACGUGAUAUACUCCCACGACGGGAUCAACGAGCAUCGAGCACGACAGAGCCAGACCUGGGUAAACAAUGGUGGCAUGACGUUGACCUUGGUGUCAGGUGCACAACCUUUGGCACUUUCGUCUCCUGGCAUCACGGCGACAAGCAGCUGCCAUAGGGGCGAGAACCUGAAUACUAUAUACUCGGUUAUCCUUGGUUCCAACGCACACAACAAUGGCGUGUAUCUCUGUGGCAACAGUCCCGGUGCAGAUGCAAACGCUAUGCGAGCGAUGGUCAACACAAUCGCCCGCAGUAUCCGCUUCCUCUCGCUUGAAACGACCAACGUGGCGUCUCAUGCACUUGUCGGGUCCUACACAAAGUCCGGGUCGGAGAGCUCCACCAGCAACUACGCGCGGGUCUCGCGCCACGAGACGAUUUCCCUAUACCUUUUCAGCGAUGGCUUCUACCUUCUCUCCAUUUUCACGAAGUCGUUCGGUUUCGCCGCGGGCAUUUCGGGGAUAUCCACCUCCGAUACCAAGAAUGAGAGUGGCUUCUGGGACACAAAGGGCUCGAAGCAACGUGGAACUGUGACACUCCGAGAACUGGGCGAUCAUCAAGAGGCUGGCGUCGAGCUCGGUGUUCGGGAAUGCCAGUACGAGACUGGUAGCUACGGCGUGAUCAUUCACCUGGGCAAUACGAUGCUACAGCGGAGGAUGGUUUUGAGGCUGCGGGAUUUUCAUUCUCUUUAA